UAAACAAGAAAAUACAUUAAUAGAAGCAUUAAAAUGUUACAGCUCAAUUGAAUUUGAAGGUUAUUUGACAGAAGAGGAAGCCGAAGAGAGAAGUAUGGCCCUCAGUGAGAAAAACGACCUGCUUGCGAUGAUCAGUUUUAUGAACGAGCACGAACACAAACUUGAACCAUUGACCACUUACAAAUUAAGGAUGAAUGCUGAGAGAAUGCUGGAUUCGCACGAAGCAAGCACUUUUAGUUACACAAAUGGUCCAAAUCAAAGACCGUUCCAGGAUUUAAAACUGAUAACGUAUGGUUUUAUUUACUUGCAAGACUUGAUUGAGCAAAGUAUACUUGUGGAACACACUGGAAGAAAAGAUACACCCGGGAUCAUACUCAAACAGUUUCCCCAUCCUUGCUACAUAGAUGAUUGGUUUUUGUCCUCUUUGGCUUAUAUGUUUCCACUUUUUAUGGUGCUUUCGUGGGUUUAUUCAGCUUCGAUGAUUGUUAAAAACAUUGUCCAAGAGAAAGAGCAAAAAUUGAAAGAGACGACGAGGGUCCUUGGAAUGGGCAAUGGGGUUCAUUGGUGCAGUUGGUUCAUUGACAGUAUCAUACCAAUGAUUAUUACUAUUUUAAUAUUGUCCUUGAUUUUGGUUUAUGGAGGGGUUUUGGCAAAUGCAGAAUAUUCACUUGUCGUGGUGUUUUUGCUGUGCUAUGCGAUCGCCACAGUCUCUAAGUGCUUUCUCAUAUCCACAUUCUUCUCGAAAGCCAACCUCGCUGCAGCCUCCGGUGGUAUCAUUUUCUUCACUUCAUAUCUGCCGUAUCCAUUUAUAGAGAAGUGGUACAUUUAUUUUACACCGGCGAUGAAGAUGAUAGCUGUACGUAUUCCUUUCUUUAUAGUGAAUUACUCGAUGCAUUUCAUUGGUUUUGUGCAGUGUCUUCUGUCUAAUGUCGCACUCGGCCUUGGUUCAAACUAUUUCGGCAUGAAGGAACUUGAAGGUACGGGAAGUAAAUGGAACAAUGUUUCCAGCAGUCCUGUCAUCGGAGAUACGUUCAACCUCCUGGUAAUUAUGGUUGUUAUGCUGCUUGACUCUGUUUUGUAUCUCCUGUUAACAUGGUACAUUGAAAAUGUCUUCCCAGGAAACUACGGUAUGCCUAAACCAUGGAAUUUCCUCUUCACUAAAUCCUACUGGUUCCCUUUAGCUUCAACAUCAAACUCAUUUCAAGAAACGACAUCAGAUUACACUCUAAAAACAAAUGAUAUGUUUGAAGAAGAGCCGAAUGGUCUGACGAAAGGUGUGUCUUUAAAAAAUCUAUGCAAAACGUACAAGAGUGGAAAAGUGGCAUUGAGAAAUUUAAGUAUGAAUUUUUAUGAGGACCAGAUAACGGCUUUCUUGGGAAGGAAUGGUGCAGGGAAAACAACUACAAUAUCAAUACUUACCGGUCUGUUCCCACCGACUAGCGGUUACGCAAGUAUUUAUGGACUUGAUGUCCAAACUCAAAUGAAUUUGAUUCGAAGAAGUUUAGGAAUAUGCCCCCAAUACAACGUCUUCUUCAGAGAUUUCACUGUGCAAGAGCAUUUGUGGUUUUUUGCACGGCUUAAAGGACACACAACUGGAGAUGUUCAGGUGGAAAUUCAACAAAUACUGACAGAUCUUGGUUUGAUUAAUAAAAGUGAAAGCUUAGCUAAACGUUUGUCAGGGGGUAUGAAAAGGAAGUUGUCGAUUGCCAUCGCUUUUAUCGGUGGAUCGAGAACUGUGGUGCUUGAUGAACCUACAGCAGGAGUUGAUCCCUAUUCGAGAAUGAGUAUAUGGAAUUUAAUACUAAAAUAUAAACAAGGGAGGACGAUUAUUUUAACAACACACAAUAUGACAGAAGCGGAACUGUUAGGAGAUAGAAUUGCCAUUUGUGAUAGCGGAGAACUGCUUUGUUGUGGUUCUAGUGCUUUUCUAAAAGCAAAACUCGGUUGGGGGUAUAUGUUAACAAUCGACUGUCAUUUACAGUACAAAAACCCUGAAACGUUAAACGCCAUUUCAAAAAAAGUGACUGAAUCAGUUUUAAAAAUAAUGCCUACUGCUAAAGAGGUCGAACAAUUUGGAACUGAGAUAAAAUACAGUCUUCCUAAUAUUAGUGGGCAUGUUAAUAUGUAUCAAAUGCUGUUCGACUACCUCAGAGACCAAAAGACACAACUGGAUAUUUCAUCUUAUGGCAUAGCAGACACUUCUCUUGAAGAAAUAUUUUUGAAAUUAAUUAAUAAAAAAGAAGAUCAUCCGCAAGACAAGCCAUUCCUAUUUCCACAAUUUGAUAAAGCACAAAAUGUAAUAAAGGAUACUUUUAUUGAAAGAAUUAAGCAUGUAAUGUGCCAGUUCCAGGCUUUGUUUGCCAAAAGACUUAUUCGCAGUAAAAGAAACAAACUUGGCCUCUGCUUUGAACUACUUUUACCGGCACUUUUUGUCUGUUUUUGCAUGAGUAUUACGAGUGAAAUACCAAUCUUAAAACAACCCCAUGCUAUGGAUAUCGAUGUGACGAACUGUUCGAGGUGCACAUCAUUUUUCAAUGUACUCCCUCAGUCUGGAAACUGGUCUGCAAAAUACGUAAAAGAGCUUUCAAGUUACACAGGAUUUGGGAGCAAAUGCAUUGGAAAUUUAAGCAUAAAGAAUCACAAUUCAAUCUGCAUGAAACCUCUUUACAUCAACGGAACCAGGCCCAAAAUAAAGCAUAAUCUGGAAGAGUGCUCCUGUGAGAAAGGAACGUUCAGUUGCAAUUUUAACUCAUCGCAAGAUUUGCCAGAUAGACUUAUAACUUCUAGUGGGCAUGUAAUGUUGAAUGCUACGGAAGAAAAGAAUAUAACAGAGUGGAUAUUAACUACAUGGAGUAAUUAUGAACCCAUGAGGACUGGAGGGUUUACAUUCGGAUUACAAUUACCAAUGAAAGGAGUUUCUCUAAGCACCACUUUUAAAGAAAAUGGAUCUGUAUCCGAACUUAAAAAUCCCAACGGCACAUCAAUCACAGAUAACAUUCUGAUUUGGUUCAAUAAUAAAUGGCCUAUAUCUCCAGUUGUUUAUCUCAACGGUGUUAACAAUUUGAUCCUUAGAGCUUCAAUGCCGGAAAAAGAAUCUCAUAAGUAUGGUAUAAAAUUAAUAAUGCAAGGAAUGAAUUAUACAGUGAAGCAAUAUCAAUCGCUCAUCUUAGGAAAAGCAGCGACAGCUUUGCUCCAUUCAAUUUCUCUCAUAUUCGCAUUGAGUUUUGUCCCUGCUUCAUUUGUCCUUUACUUAAUUGAAGAGAGAGAGACAAACUCGAAGCAUUUGCAGUUUCUUGCAGGCGUCAACUGGGCACUCUACUGGAUACAAGUCUUUGUCUGGGACCUGUGCUGCUACUUGAUGUCUUCACUGCUGUGCAUCCUUACUCUUGUUGCGUUCAAAGAAGAAGCAUAUGUCAGCAGAAAUAGCAUCUUCUGUCUGAUGUCGUUAAUAUUUUUACAUGGUUGGGCAAAUAUUCCUCUCAUGUAUCUUUCAAGUCACUGCUUUCGAGUUCCAAGUUCAGCCUUUGUAAUUUUGUCAUGUCUGAAUAUAUCGAUUGGAGUUAUAACAACAGCAACGACGUACGUCUUGAAAGUAUUUAAUGAUGAGUAUUUCAAAACAAUCGAGAACUUCUUGAGAAACAUAUUUCUUUUAUUUCCUCAAUUCUGCCUUGGAGACGGCGUCAUGAAAAUCGCAGAAGUUUAUUUCAUAACAAAAUCUCUUGCUCGUUAUGAUGUGAAAAUAAAAGUGAAUCUUUACGCUUGGGAAAAUUUAGGAAAAAAUUAUGCAUUACUUAUCACAGAGGGAUUUAUCUUCUUCGUGCUUACACUUAUUUUUGAAAAGUACAGACAGCAAGGUUUCAAUGCUUGUUCAGAACAAAUUGUGAGCAUGGACCCUCCGCCACAUUUAGAUGAUGACGUUGAAUCUGAGCGUAAAAGAAUUUUGAAUACUUCUGUCAAUGAUGUACUAGUCAUGAAAUGCCUUAGCAAAGUCUAUAAAGGCAGUAGUAAUGUAGCAGUGAAUCAGCUUUGUCUAGGAGUUAAUAAGGGGGAAUGUUUCGGAUUACUUGGAUUAAACGGUGCUGGGAAAUCUUCCACAUUUAAGAUGCUCACAGGGGACACAACCAUCACUUUUGGAGAUGCCACUAUUAAUGGAAACAGUAUUAGAGAAAAUAUUAACAACGUUAAAAAAUUUAUUGGCUACUGUCCUCAGUAUGAUGCUCUUGAUGCUAAACUAACUCCAAGAGAACAUUUAACAUUUUAUUCUCACUUUAGAGACAUACCUUCAGGCGAGAUUGAAACUAUUGUAGAUUCAACAUUGGAAAUAUUUGAUUUAUGUAAAUACAAAGAUGUAUGUACAAAAUAUCUUUCUGGAGGGAACAAAAGGAAAUUGUCCACAGCCCUUGCCGUUUUUGGGAAUCCUCAAUUGAUAUUUUUAGAUGAGCCGACAAAUGGCAUGGAUCCAAAAGCCAGGCGGUACCUCUGGCAAGUAAUUAAACAAUGCGUAAUCGGUGGAAAGGCCGUAAUUCUCACGUCACACAGUAUGGCCGAAUGCGAAGCUCUUUGUUCGAGCUUAACCAUAAUGGUGAACGGCCAUUUCACAUGUCUUGGAAGCAUCCAGCAUCUGAAGGACAAAUACGGCCAAGGAUACAAUCUGGUUGUUAGAGCGCCAAUAACUCAGCUACAAAGUGUAAAAGAUAUGGUUAAUGAAAAAAUCCCCAGGUGUUUGUUGAAGUCAGAGCAUUAUACGCAGUUAAAAUAUCACCUUGAUACAGAUGUUACUAAUUUGUCGGAGGUCUUGACAAAUCUUGAAAAUGCAAAAGAUGAAGGGUUAAUUUAUGAUUACUCCCUAUCUCAAAAAUCUUUGGUUGAGAUUUUCCUGCAUUUUGUUUCUCAAAGUGUGCCACAAAAAUAUGUUGAAAGGAAAAAUUCCUGCCGGUGUUUAAAAUCUCACGUCUGUAAGUAGCAUCAGUACAUAGUACAGGUUAAAGAUUUACACACAGGAAAAAAAAAAGUUUGAAGUAUUUCUUUAUUGUUUAUAUCAUUUAAUCAUUACAUAACCUAUAAAUUAGCCAAUUACAUUUAUGAACUUGUUCCAGCUUAACAAUUCUUGGACAAGAACACUUCUGGUUUAUUAAAAUUGGAGCAACAAUUGCAUAUUCACUAUAAAAGUGUUCUAAUCUCAAAAUAAAAAA